AUGCUUCUCAUUCUCACCGGAAUCUUGUUGUGGUGGUGGUACUCGACUCAUGUCCAUCUCAAAAAACUCCUGCCUGGCCCUUUUCCGCUACCAAUUAUAGGAAACCUCCACUUACUAGGAAACCUCCCUCAUCGUGCCCUCCACAAGCUAUCCCAAAAGUAUGGAUCUAUCAUGUCCAUUCGUCUAGGCUCGAUUAACGUAGUCAUAGUUUCUUCUCCGGAUGCUGCAAAACUAUUCCUUGGAACCCAUGAUGCCAUUUUUGCAUCUCGGCCUGAAAUCCAAUUGUCAAAGUAUCUUUAUCAUGGCAACAAGGGGAUAUUAUUGUCAGAUUAUGGUGAAUAUUGGCGGAAUAUCAGAAAAUUUUGUAUAACGGAGUUGUUGAGUCCUGUGAAGAUCAAUGGAUUUGCAGGAAUUAGAAAGGAGGAGAUUGGGUUGAUGGUGGAGGAGAUGAGAGUUGCAUCCAUCGCACAUCAAGCGGUGAAUUUGACUAAAGUGGUGGGUGGUUUGGUCGAAGACAUGACAUUCAGGAUGAUUUUUGGAAGAAAAAGCGAUCAAACAUUUGUUUUCACAAGAUUAAGCGACGAGUAUGCUGAAUUGCUUGGAACCUUCAACUUGGCAGACUAUAUGCCGAUGCUAGCACCCUUUGAUAUUCAGGGAUUGACUCAACGUUUUCGAUCAUUUAGUAAGGACGUUGACGAAAUGUUGGAGGCUUUGAUAACUGAGAAUGAAGAACACACUCUAACUGGACUUCAACAAAUGAGCUUCAUAGAAACAUUGUUGUCUGUGAAAAACAAGUAUUCCGAUAUUGGCGACGACUAUCUAUCGGUUACGAUCGAUAGAUCAAGUACGAAAGCUAUUUUACUAGACAUGGUAGCCGCAAUAGUCGGCACUUCCAAAACCUCCAUUGAAUGGGUUCUAUCUGCUGUUGUUAAGCACCCACGAGUUAUGAAGAAGCUUCAAAAGGAGUUGGCGAAUGUUGUUGGAGAUAAACGAAUGGUGGAGGAGACAGAUUUGGCAAAGUUGAGUUACUUACACAUGGUAGUUAAGGAAACGUUCAGGCUGUAUCCAGUUGCUCCAUUGUUAAUGCCCCAUAAAUCUAUGGAGGAUGUAGUGAUUGAUGGUUACCACAUUCCAAAACACACACAAGUUUUUGUAAAUGUUUGGGCAUUUGGACAUGAUCCAGAGGUUUGGUCUGAAAAUUGGCAAGAGUUUCUUCCCGAGAGGUUUCUUGAAAGUGAAAUCGAUUUUCGUGGACCUGAUUUCCGGCUGAUGCAAUUCAGCACAGGUAGAAGAGGGUGUCCUGCGAUGAAUUUGGGAUUACUAAGCAUUUACUUGGCUGUUUCCAACUUAGUACAUUGCUUUGAUUGGGUGCUACCAGAUGGUGUUUCAGCGAUUGAGUUGGAUAUGAACGAAAAAUAUGUAACGACAAUGGCUAGGGUUAAGCCCUUGCUUGCCAUUCCAACUUAUCGCAUGGGCAGCCUCACCAUUUGAUGCCUAAUUACUAAUUAGGAAGUGUUUUAUCUAUUUAGUCUUGUCUUCUCCAGCUUCAUGUAGGCCUAUCUAAAGCCAUUAUUCUAUCGUAAUAUAUGAUUCCAUUCUU